CCACCACCCCCACCAUCCACUAUGGCACCCAUUCUUCCUAUUAUACCAAGCGACGCGGCACUACACGAUCCACCACCUCCUUACCCUGCACGCGAGCGACGAUCACGACAAUCGAGACGAACGAGGCGAAACGCUAAUCACACGCAGGUAUCGAGUGCUGGUACGGAGUCGGAGGGAGAGUUGUUGGGAUCUACGGUCAGCGGGGGGAUCGUAGUGCGGACUCAACAGCUGCAACAUCCAUUUCCUCAGAGCGCGGAGGCUGCUGCGGACGAGACUUCAAGCCCAACGGAGACGACGCCGUUGCUUCCCGCCCCUGGCAGCUCCAGCGCAGCUGUGAAUGGGAUUCCGAGAAGGAUUAGGAGACAGAGGACGGCUUCGCAGACGAGCACGGUCUUCAGUGUGACGAGCGCGUCGCCUAGUCUGGCGCAGACGGUGGUGAGUGCGUUCAGGCUGGAGGGUGAUUCGGACGACGAAGAUGAGGAGUAUGAUGGUGGAGACGAGAGCGGGACGAGGACAAGAAGGCGGUCCGCGACCGGAGAUACGCAGGUAGAGGCUGCGGAUAUGCUGGGUUGUGAAGUCGGGGUGUCGAGGAGGCGAGCGAGUGGCGUCGCACAGAGUGGAACUUCGAGUUGGAGAAGGUAUUUCCGUCCGCUAUGGAAGAGGUCGAGUUGGGCUGCAUUGUUCCAUAUAAUGGUGCUCAAUUUCCCCUAUGCACUUGUGGCAUGGAUCUUCCUUUUUGUCUUCACGCUGCUGGGCACGACGUUACUUGUGGCAUUGCCACUUGGGGCCGUCUUGUGCUUCUUUGAUCUUUUGGGUGCGCGAACCCUUGCCCGCGGCGAGGUUGUGAUGCAGAGCACAUUUCACGGUCCGUUGGCAUAUGAGCUUGUGUAUCCACUGCCGCCCAUCUUCACCCGAAUGCGACCCCCAACGGCCGCAGAGGCAGAGGACGGACUUUCUCUGCGCAAGGAACGGUCAUUUUACAGAAACACGUAUUCUAUGUUUUCAGACAGCACAUCGUACCAGUCGUUGUUUUACUUCCUGGUCAUCAAACCUCCUAUCACGUUCCUCCUUUCGUUGUUCCUUCUAGUCAUUGUCCCGGUAUCACUCGUACUUGUUCUUCCUGCGCCUGGGAUGCUUCGGUUGGUGAGAAAACUCGGUACGUGGCAGGCAAACGUGGCAGUCGAAGGAUUGUACAUGGGAGGGGGGUGAGGCCUAUUCGGACUAGACAUGAGGGACCAUGCUGGAUGUAUGUUAUCUUUACUGGGCUCUGGUAUGAAUA